AGUCAACUAAGUUUUCUGUCGCGAGAUCGACAUUGCGAGUGAAACCGUUGACAUCGAACAGACCGGUUCCCGUGUCGAAGUACUCUGUGCGACUUUUGACUUUCAUCCAAUCGCUACACCUGUGAGGAAUGUUGCGCACCAUUUUGGUGGCUGCGCUUGCGACGCUUGUGUCAACAUUUCCGGCAGAAGAUUCCGGAGACACGAGCCUGAGCAAUGAUCUGGAAUCAGCACAGCAGUUGCUGUCAAAAAUCGACAAAGAUUUCAGCGCAUGGACCAACAAAGCCACCCUGUCAGAAUGGAAUUACGCCUCCAACCUGACUCAGGAAAACCUCGAUACCAAGGUCAACGUUUCCUCCCAAUUUGCGGCGUACAACAAGCAGAUGUGGUUGGAAGUGACGGCUUUCCCCUGGCAGAAACUUGAAGAUUUCAAUGUCAAGAGGCAAUUCUCCAAGUUCAGCGUUCUUGGCGUUUCAGCGCUCCCUCAAAAGCUGUUCGAGGAGUAUGAGAAAAUUGUAAGCGAGAUGCAGAAUAUAUACAGCACCGCUAAAGUCUGCGAGUACGGUAAUGAACAAAAGUGCACCUUGGCCUUGGAACCAGAACUGACGGAGCUCCUGAAGACCUCCAGAGACCCAGAGCUCUUAAAAUAUAUUUGGGUCGAGUGGAGGAAGGUAUCCGGCGAAAAAGUGAAGCCACUCUUUCCUAGAUACAUAGAACUUAGUAACACGGCCGCGAAACUUAAUAACUACACCGACACCGCCCAGGAAUGGUUGAAGGAGUACGAGGCGGAAAACUUCCCUGAACAAAUCGAAUCCCUCUGGCAACAACUCAAGCCACUUUACCUACAAUUGCACGCGUACGUGAGGCGCGAGCUCAGAAAACAAUACGGAGAGAGCGUCGUCUCGAAGGAUGGCCCAAUACCAGCUCAUCUUUUCGGCAACAUGUGGGCGCAAAGCUGGGAGAACAUUGCUGAUUUCACGGUCCCGUACCCUGGAAAACAGUUGCCGGACGUUACACAGAAUAUGAUCAACCAAGGCUACAAUGCAACGAGCAUAUUCCGCCUUGCCGAGGAAUUCUUCGUCUCGUUGAAUCUGAGUGCGAUGCCCGACACAUUCUGGGAGCGUUCCAUCCUGGAAAAACCUACGGACCGAGAGAUCAUUUGUCACGCGAGUGCCUGGGACUUUUACGAUGGCAAGGAUUUCAGAAUUAAACAGUGCACCAGCAUUAACAUGAAAGACUUGCUAACGGCGCACCACGAGAUGGGACACAUACAGUAUUACUUGCAGUACAAAGAUCAACCCGCAAUCUUUAGAGAAGGAGCCAAUCCUGGUUUUCACGAGGCCAUCGGGGAUGUUAUAUCUCUGAGCGCGUCCACACCGGGUCAUCUCAAGAAGAUCGGUCUCUUAGAAGAUAGCACCGAAGAUCGCGAAGCAACCUUGAAUCAUCUCUAUGAAAAAGGACUGGAUAAAGUCGCCUUCCUGCCAUUCGCCUAUACCAUGGAUUUAUGGCGGUGGGCCGUUUUCCAAGGAAAGAUAACGUCGGACCAGUAUAACUGCAAAUGGUGGUCCUUGGUUGAGCAGCUGCAAGGAAUCGAGCCGCCGGUCGACAGAUCGGAGGAGGACUUCGAUCCUGGCGCGAAAUACCAUAUCAUAGCAAACGUGGAGUACCUUAGAUAUUAUGUCAGUUUCAUCGUACAAUUCCAAUUCCAUAAGGCACUUUGCGAAAAGGCGGGUCAAUACAAUCCUCAAGAUCCUAACGCUAAACCACUCUAUCAGUGUGACAUAUACCAGAGUAAAGAAGCAGGAAAUCUGUUCCGGUCCAUGUUGCAGUUGGGUUCUUCCAGACCAUGGCAGGAUGCAAUGGAAAAAAUUACUGGACAGAGAGAGAUGGACACGAGCGGUCUUUUGGAAUAUUUUAAGCCGUUAAUGGAAUGGUUGACGGCAGAAAAUAAGAAGACUAAUGAGUACAUCGGUUGGAAACCAAGUACCAAACGAUGCACCAAAACUAGAGAGGAACUUAAUUCCGACGCAGGAUUAAAAUCGGAAUGAGGAGACUUCAACAACGUACCCGAUAUUAAAUAAAAAAUACUGAUCUCCUUUAUUAGCAGAGUUCAUUCGAUAACCUAGUACAAACAUACAUCAUCACUUCGUAAACGAAAAGAAAGUAUGAAUGAGCAUUCCAGUGCGGUGUGAAGUAACGCACAUCUUAUAAAUAAAAUAAGGUUUCAAUAUUAAA